UGCCACAACUGAAAGUGCUGGAUCUACCACACGGAUACGGUGUGGAAGAUAACACAGUAAUUGCCAUCAGCCACGGAUGUCCCGGUUUGCGGCAGCUCUCCGUCACUCACGCUACGAAGCUGUCGCCUGCUGCCUUCUCGGAGAUUGACCGUCUAGAACAUCUUGAAAUACUAGAUGUGACAGGUUGUAGCAGACUCGGCGGAGGCCUAUUCCCCUACCUCGUCGGGCUACCGCGACUUCACACGUUGCGAAUGGGUACCGUGUAUUUCGGUACCACGUAUUUUACAGAGUUGCAGCCAGGUGUGAGCAGCAUCCUCAAAUUGUCAGGUUUGCGCUGUCUGACAUUCGAUUAUUCGGAUGUUACUGGAGAGCCUUUUGAUAAGUUUCCGGAGAAUCUCAUCAGUCUCAGGGAGCUGAGUGUCGAAGGGUGCCGAGGUGACCCCAGAGCCACAGACGGGCUGACCGAGCAGAUGCCCAAUCUCGUAAUCCGCGGCACGGUCCACGCUGGGCUACAGCCUUUCUACUUCGAGGCACUCGAGGAUGUAGGGCCCGGCGAAGCAGACGAAGCGGUGGACGACCGUUCGGAGAGUGACGAAGACGGCGACAGUGAUAGUAGCGUCGGCGGCAGUGACAGUGAGAGAGGUUGAGAGCACUAUAUCUGUAUGUAUAAAAAUGAUGUGAAAUUUAUAGGAAAGUACAAUUCUCAGUACUUGUCAACAUAAGCGGAAACUGUUUUGAAGGAAUAUAACAAAUAAUUUUAGAAAUGUGUAGAAGAAACAGUAAUGUUGUUUGAAUACCUGCUGUAAUAAUCUGCAAUAAUGUUUGAUUCUUGUUGUAACAACAAUGGAUUCACAAUGAAACAAAUUUUUUAAAUGAUAAAAUGGCUACACAGAUCAGGUAGCAAUUCAUAAAUAGCACUGACAAUGUUUUUUUGCAGUAAGUCGAAUUUAAAAACUUCUUUGUUUUUAUAAACCUGUGAAACAAUAAUAAAUGAGGACUGCUACCUUGUUAUUUUAAGUGUUAAUUAUAUUUAUCAGGAUACUACUAGAUACCAUUUUUAAAUAUUAAAUUUCAUUUGGAGGAACCACUUUGUGAUUAAAAUACACGACAGACUCUUUUACGAAUGAACCACACAUCACUAGUGUAAUACUGUACAGCAUUUAUUAUUUGUUACACAAACCAGUUUUUGGCUGAUAAGUCACUGUCGGGUAUGAAGAUAAGUAAGUGGUAAAGUGAAAUUGGUUGGAUCAAAGAUUUUAAAGUAGUCCAUCUAAAGAGUAUUUCUGUUUCCAGAGGUGAAAAAAAAUUAAUGUUACAAGAAGGAACAAAUAAAGGAUUAUUUCAGUGUAAA